CGAGAUGGGGCCGAAGGUGGUGAGGAUUCCAUUGAUGGCACUGCUUUCUGAGCUGCCCUUCACCUCUACAGCCAGAUGUUAAACAGCUGUCGUUUUCGAAAGGAAUCGUGACGUUUUCCCCCAGUGAGGUGGCCAGUGAGCACAGCUGAGGGGCGGAGAGAUGGGGCACUGCUACGACAACGAGACCAUCCCCUUCUUCUACAACUACGUGGGCAAGGAUCUGAGCCAUUAUUGGCAGACGAAGGACGUGCUGGUGGUCACCCUGGGGCUGUUGGUGUGUGUCAUUGUCAUCCUGGCCAACUCGCUGGUCAUUGUAGCCAUCGUCCUGAACCGCCGAUUCCACCAGCCUAUCUUCUACCUUCUGGCCAACUUGGCGGCCACCGAUCUCUUCUCGGGGCUGGCCUACACCUACCUGAUGUUCCACACAGGGCCCCGCACCACCCAGCUGACCGUCCACACCUGGUUCCUCCGACAGGGCCUCAUUGACACCAGCCUGACCGCCUCGGUGGCCAACCUGCUGGCGGUGGCCGUGGAGCGACACCAGACCGUCUUCCAGAUGCAGCUACACAGCAACAUGAGCAACCAGCGGGUAACGUUCCUCAUCGUCUGCAUCUGGGUCACGGCCAUCCUCAUGGGCCUCAUCCCCCAGAUGGGCUGGAACUGCGUGUGCGACCUGGCCACUUGCUCCCGCAUGGCCCCUCUCUACAGCCGUAGCUACCUGGUCUUCUGGGCCAUCUCCAACCUGCUCAUCUUCUGCGUCAUGUUGCUGGUCUACCUGCGCAUCUUCUACUAUGUCCAGCACCAGGUGCAGAGGAUGUCCCAACACACGCUCCACUCCAGGCACAAGGAGACCAUGAUGAACCUCAUGAAGACAGUCGUCAUCAUUCUGAGUGCGUUUGUGGUGUGCUGGACGCCGGGGCUGGUGGUCUUGCUGCUAGACGGGGUGGGCUGCUCGAGCUGUGAGGUGCUGGCGCUGGAGAAGUUCUUCCUGCUGCUGGCCGAGCUGAACUCGCUGUCCAACCCCCUCAUCUACUCCUUCCGCGACAACGAGAUGCGCCACACCUUCAAGCAGGUGCUGUGCCUGCCCUGGCGUCCCCGCUCAUCCUUCACCACCGGCACCAACCGUGCCCACGUCCUCAUGACCGAGGUGCCCCCCGCGCCCCCCGCACCUGACUCCUCACAGGGGGGCAACUCCUCACCGUAACCCUCGUACUCCCUCCCCCUCAUCCCCCUCAUCCCCCUCAUCUCCCCCUCCCCACCUCAUCCCCCUCAUC